UGGGCAAUCCCAGGAUUACUUUAAUCAGAUUAAGUAAUCAGAUUACAUUGAAUGUAAUCCGUAAUCCAGUAAUCCACGAAAAAUUAACAUUUUAAAGUAAUCCGUAGUCCGUAAUCCUACUUAGGUCUGGAAAUUAUGUGUAAUCCGUAAUCCCCAAUUUACGAAAUUGGAAAAUGUAAUCAGAUUACGGAUUACUUUGGAUUACUUUGCUUAUGUAAACGGCAUGACAGCUCCAUCUUGCAACUUCUCUGAGUCUGAGUCGCUUCCAGAACUUGAGUUCUUAAACUACCUUCUGGAUUCUUCAGCAGAGGUGCGAAGUUUAUAGAAUUUUGGAACAGUUAAGAGGGGUCUAUUUACUACAACACAUUUUUGUCUGCCCUAAGAAACCGACUGUCGGAUGAAUCAUUCCAAGCUCUUGUUUUUUGAACUAAUCAUCAUCAUGGAAUAUAAGUGUGACGCUAUUCAGAUUUUGAAUUUCAGAAUAAACCGUUGCAAACGAAAUAUAUCAAAGGGGUGGAGUGAGACGGUCACCCGGUCAUGGCAUACCAAAACUAUGUCUAGAUUUUAUUUUUUAAACCCCCGCCUAGAACUACGUCUAAAAUGAUCAAGACAAAAAUUCGACAUUUUCGACUUUUGCGUCGUCGACACGGUCACUCGGUCAUGUGACAUGACUCGUGUCACGUCAAAACUAUGAAGAUUUUUGUAAUCCUCGCCCGAAACUACGUCUAAAGCGGCAAACAAAAAUUCGACACGUUUGACCCGUGGCGUCGUCACCGUGGCACUGGGACCUUAUGACCUACAAUUCCCAUUUUCUAACUCAUCCGUACCUCAAACAUUAGAAACCCGUUGUCGAAAAUCGCAUGUUGAAAUUCGAAACCGUUCUAAAGUUAUCGUGGAUACAGACCGACGGCCAACACUUUUCCAUAAAGGGAUUUCGCUUCUCUUCACCCCUUAAUACAUAAAUAUAGAUUUUUGUAAUCCAGAUAGUAAUCCGUAAUCUGAUUACUGUAAUCCGUAAUCCGUAAUCCACGUCAUUAAUUUAUCCCAGUAAUCCAACAAGUAAUCCACAGUAUUUCCGGAACGAAGUAAUCCCAAUCCCGUAAUCCCAUGUAAAUUUUUAAAUCAAUUAAUCUGUAAUCCGUAAUCCAUCGAAAUUGUUGGGAUUGCCCAUCCCUGAGUACACAUCAGCGCUACUUACUCAUGGUGGGGGUGCGUUGAUGUGCAUAAUGCAAACAUACACACGUCUACCGAAUUUUUGUGUGGAUGUGAAAUAAACAAUAAUGCAUUUCAAAGGAGGAAACACUUGACUUUUAAAUUGUUAAGUCUUCCUUUCAAAGACGAACGAAUCGCCGACAGACAAUGCACACAAAAGUGCGAGUGAGUAUCGAUUGACGGUUCUGGUUUGGUUGACGGGGAACAAAAGCAUGUUCAAGAAGUGGAAUAUAUAGAAAAUCCCUAAUUUCAUGGAUGAGCCAGUUCCACAAUAUUUUAAGAAGAAAAAGAUUUUUUAUGUAAAGUGUGUGAACCGAGACGAUGCAGUAUUUACGACGAGAGGAAGCACAUACUUUAUUUGCAUUCACGUAAUUAUUACCGGAUAAUGGGACUGGGAUGAACUUCUUCUGCAAUAAUGUACCCGGAAAGACAGAGCGAGAGAGACAUUACUAGUGUGAAAUUGGAACACGAUGUAGAGUCGUAGAUCAAACGCUGCAAGUGGUGCGGUAUGUGAUUGUACGAGUGUGUGUGUGGCGUGUCAGAAUAAUUUAUCGUUUUCGGAGAACGAAUCCCAUAUUAAAUACAAGCAAGAAAUAUCUGAUUACUAAAUCAUUCUGAAUUUAUAAUCUAAAAUCGAGCCGUACAGUAGUUUGUAAUCAAGGGAUAAGUAUGAAUUGCAUACUGGAUUAUGGGUCCGACUGCAUUAUUUACUUAAGAAUGUCGGUUAUUAUGCAGUCAAAAGUCGGCAAGUGCUCCUAAAAAGUUCUCGAGCUGUUGUGACAGGAUGAAAUCCAGGGAAAUAAACAUCAUCUCACGAGUGGCAAAGUGUGCAUAAUAAGAAAAUCUAUGUACAGCGAAGCCAUGUAUUUAUAUCAGAAAGAGAGAGUGACUUUGAUAGUCGUGCAGUUAUUUUUAGUCACCUUGUCGUACAAAAAGUAGAGAUAUGAACAUUUGCCAAGUAUACUUUUGUACUGGUAACAACUGUACGAUUAACAGAGGCAAGAUUGACGAUUUCCAUCAGCGAUAAUAUGAAUACACGAGACACAACUGUUUCUUCCAGAGAGUUGGAGUUCAGUUCGAUGUUAUUAAAAAUCAGCACGAGUCUUCAUCUCCUUCUGCCAUAUUCGCAAUUCUCUGGAUGCAGUUACUCAUUCAAUGUCACUUUUGCCGAGCUCGCUGGUGGUAAAGGACAAAGAAAGGAGAGAGGGAAUUGACUUUUUGCAAUAUCGAAUUGGAUAAAUAUUCGUUUUCUUCCCCUCCCCCCCAAAAAAAUCAUCAAUUUCAUUUCUUUCUCCUGGCACUGUCAACCUAAAAGAAGAACCUCCACGUCCACCACCACCAAGUCUCAGAAGUUAACCGUUUUUAUACUGUCCCUAUAUUUACUGUUGAGUGCAGCAAUUUUUGAAGAUUUAUGAGAUUCUGGCCGUCCACGAUAGACUGAGAGAAAGAGAGAGUUAAUUUCGUAAUAAGCUGUGACCAGCUUGAGAAGAAGAAGUUGUUCUGCUGCCCCACAUCCUACUAAACCCACCAGAAGGACGAUUGCAUAUUACACUCGCGACCCGACCAGAGAGCAAGAAAUACAUACACGGAAUUCCAACACGUAGUUUGUAUUAUUACAUGCGAGAAUAAGAUGAAAUUUUGGGGCAUCUCGCACAUUGGAGGCCGGUCAGACUGGACACGUAUGUGUGUCUAGUAGUAGUCGAAAAUGCCCUCAAACGCCUCAGAGGAAUGGGUCCAAUUUCAUUUCAUGUCAGCAAGAAGGACAGUUUAACUUUGGAAAGGUGCUCACUGAAGCCGAAGUGUUGUUUCAUUAUGACUCAAGUGCUGCGACGGGGUUGGUCGCGAUAUUGCUACAACUUUAGGAAGAAAAUCGCCUUUGUGGUUUAGCCCCGCGUAUUCUCUUGUCAGGAGCCUAAUGGUACGAAAGUGGUUGCAGUUUAGUUUACUUUCUCCGCGAGGUUAAGACAAGCAGCUCCUUCUUCAUGACUCUGUGUAUAGUUAGUGAAUCCGCCGAAGAAAACGACCAUCACCCACUCACUCUGGCUGGCUUAGCGUGGAGAGAACCUUGCCCGAAAUGAGAGUAAUUUAGCACUUUUCCCAUAACAAGGUUGUAUAAUGUGUACUUCGCCCAGUCUCGACGCGGAAAAUGUAGUGUGUACCCUGCUUGUCGUCGCCUUUCUGGUUGACCGGCAUCUCUUAUCUCUCUCUGGGUUAUAGUGACUGGGUCGAGACAGAAUAGCGUUGGGUAGCGGGAUCGUCGUGGACGUGGUGAGGAAGGACGAGGCUGGAAAAUUAAGUAGUCUACAUGUCCCCAACACUUUCAACCUUUCUGAAGGAUCAAAAUUGCCCCACAUCUCGUGAACGAGACUUGUUUUAUAACUUACUCGACACGAUAAUAAUAGUCGAGCGAUGAGUGUGGGUGGAUGUGUAUGUGGACGAGGAAGUGUUUAGAUUAAACGGUUGAGAAGAGGAAGAAAAAAGGUUGGUGGUGAAAUGUGAAGUGGUGAAGAUCCGAUUGUGAGGUGAAUCCGGUCAACGUACACACGUGGGAAAAGGAUCGAGUGUGUAAAAGCAACCUAACGGUCUAAAAGGUCGUUAGUGAGGUGAAUGAAGAAAUAGGCGAGAGAAAUGCAAGCCAACUUUCUCUUCCACCUAUGGCGUAUGGAUGUACAGUGUCAGCAACGUGUUCUUAAUCCAAUGAUACUACAUGCCCAGCUUAACGAUCUGUACGUUACUAAAUUGCUGUAAGACACACACACACUCACCUGUGAAAUGUAUAGUACACCCACUCAAAUGGCACCCAACCAACCGUGACCAUUCGCCAAAGGCCAAAGUGUUAAGUGGGUGUUGAACAAAAUGUGACCCAUUGCUCCACUAAAUCAUGUGUAAUUCCACACAUGGACUUGUUUCCCAUUUUGGAGGUUAAAGUUACCCUGGUGGUAAAAAAGCUCAUCAAAACUUUUAAUAUAAUGAUCCCUUUCCUCAGUCGUCACUUUAUUUUAGAAAUAUUUGUGAUUAUUUUGUUUUUAUCGGCGAUAAAGAGUGUUGUGACGGCCCAAUUCCAUUUUUUGCAACUACUCCCAUCAUCAUUUCUUCUUUUGCGUUCAUUGCCCAUUGCCACUUCUUAUCAAGUCUAUAGGACGGAUCCAUUCGCCCUGCUCUCUGGAACGUUGCGGACUUAUCAGAAGGCUGGAUGUGACGGGGAAUACGUGAUCUUGCGAUGUCCGACGGGAACGACGAUUUCUGUGCAGUUGGCACAAUACGGAAAAACGGCACCCUCCCCGACCUUGUGUCAUUCGCCGGGCAGUAUUCAUCCCGAACUCGUAGAUUCCUCCAUUACGGAUCCCUACAACAAUAUUACGUGCUUGAUGCCCAGUGCCAUACAGUAUCAAUUAUUACAGACCGUGGUGGGGUUAUGCCAGAAGAAGACGAGUUGUAAAUUUCAAACUUCACCCAGAACUUUCGGUGGUGACCCGUGUCCCGGGGCUCGCAAGUAUAUGGAAACCGUGUACAAGUGUCGACCAACCGAAUUUAAAAGUGUCAUUGGAUGCGAAACUGAAGUGGUGCAAUUGAGAUGCAACAGAAGCAGCCGUCUCGCCAUUUAUUCGGCAAACUAUGGUCGCACGGAGUACGAGUCUGUGCAGUGCCCGCAGUCCAAAGGCGUCCCAGAAGAGUCUUGCUUGUCAAGUUUCGCUACGGAGACCGUAAUGCAAAUGUGCCACGGGAAGCGACGCUGUGCCUUGUCCGUGGACCCUGCAACUUUUGGAACGCCGUGCAAACCCGAGUCAUCCAUGUAUCUGAAAGUCAUAUUUACAUGCGUUCCAAGGAAAGUGCUACUAGAAAAGUACCAAGGCGAGCCGGAGCCUGACGAGAUGUUUGAUGAAGAGACUGAAGAUGAAACUGGAGAGCCGGUCGGACGGGUGGUGGAACUUCAGCUAGCGGAUCAUUCGAAAGGAUGGGUCAAUCCCAAGUCCACCUCGAAGCCAAAUACCCUCUCGAAAAGCCACUCUUCCGGCGAAUCGAUAAUGGAAAUACAAACUUCCAAUUUCGGACUGAAAUCUUCUGCUGUUCAAGUACAAAGAGAGGAAAGAGGGGAAGACCAUCGGGCUACGUCUUCAAAUGCAAAUUCCAAUAAUUCCCAGGACGUGCACAUUAUUUACCUAAUUUCUCAAGGGAUACAGGCUUACGAGUUUAUUUCUAGGAACACGGACAAAUUAUGGCUCUACAUAACAAUCAGCAUUGCUUCCUGCCUCGGCGUAAUACUUUCCGUGCUCCUUGUGAAAAUCUGGAUUCAACGCGCGUCCUCUCGCCGGUCAUCGUCCGGAUGCACUAAUAAUAUUACGAACAGCAGCAGCAAGCACCCCUCCUCCUCGUCGGCAGGACCGAUAACUGCAACCGGGAGGUUAAGUGAUAUUGAUGAGUUAAGUGUUGUGAUGGACGAGAUUACAGAACUUCCCUCCAUUCUGAGAAAGUCGUCCGGGCCGUCGGACGAUUUGGGGACGAGGGGACUUGCCGUGUCUACAGUGACAUCGACCAACAGCUCAAUGUUGAACUCGGGGGGGAUUGUUGGGGGUGGGCCAAAUUCCAUUAUGAUGAGUUCCACUUCUUCUUCCACUUCGCAAAACCAGAUUCCGGCCACGAUGACACUCGGAAGAGGACUCAACAGGCAGAGGGAAGCGACCAACAUACGCUUUUACUAUGAUUAAUUGGUAUACGACGAACGAACUAUGUACAUGUGGAAGUGUUACAUAAUAACGAGUGCACGACAACCAGUAUGCAAACAAACUGGGCAAAUACAUAAUACCAAACCACACCGUGGCAGUGGUUCUAUUGGUUCGAGGAGACUUUCCCUUCAGCAGACCAACCAUUCCGGAAUCAAUUUCAACAACGGCGAGGACUCCGAAAUGAAAAUCAAUUCUACGAAAUGCACACAUUUAUUUACUUUCCCAGUUUCCCAUCUGUAUAGGAUAGCGUUUGUAUACUUGACCUGAAACUGAGUCGAGAUCCAACCACCAAAACUAUAAUAAGCAUUCUAUCUAUUCAUGGCUCCUACUCUAUCCACACGGCAAACAUGCUUUCUCCCACCACCACCACUGUCACCACAAUGACAUGCAAACGAAAUGGAAAGCAAAAGAAAUUUGGAUUGGGAAUUUGAAUUGGCUCCAAUUUAACGAAUGAACGAGUAUCCACAAUUUUUGCCAAUGUCAAUCAUACCAGUAGACACGGGGAAGGACUGAAUUGUCAUCUGCGUGCAAAUACUCUCCCAACUUUUACAAGUUGCAAAUUGGCAUGUCACAACAAAGUUGUCCUCGUCAGUUUCUUCUUCUAGGUAACAAGGAGGACGAGAGAGUCAAACAGCAGCACCCAGCAGAUUGUUGUUGGUGUUGCUGCUGCGGUGUGUAUGUGUGUGACAGACAGCGUUAUGUCAUUCCAUGGUUUGUUGAGGUGACUGGAACAAUUUUAGGAAACGAGGAGUAUGAAUGAAUGAAAAAAAGUAAAUGUUGCAGUGAGUGCGGUUUUGGUCUUCUCCAUCCAUCCAUGGAGUAUUAUUAAGUGAGUGAAAGUGCGUGAUUUAUGACGGAAUGAUCGAUCAAAACGGAAUUUCUCUCGGGACGGUGGUAGUGAAAGUCAACACAUUGUAACGGAUUUGGUCCGUCUGCUUCACCUCGGCUCAAUGGAUACUAUCUCAAUCUUAUUCCGUGGUCCCAUACUUUCCCUCAAGUCAAAUCACCUCACAUGUCGGUUUUGGUCGAUCGGCCCAGUCCAGUCAGUCAUCUGAGAGAUGAUGAUGAUAUCUAUAGAGCUGAGAAAGUCAAUUUCUAAAUUAAACUAGAAUUGACUUUGAUACACAAUAUACGAAUGUUAUUUAUGUAGGACAAAAUCAACCCGGUGUGGCUCUGAUUCGUAAUAAAGUUAUCAAUCAAUAAAUGUGCUACUUUUACUUAUCAAAUAUAAAUAUAUAUAUACCUCAAGGAUAGGUUGUAAAAUAGGAUAUAGAAAAGGAAAUACAUUUUGUAUGCCAAGUAUCAUAAUAAUAUUUCACCUUGUUGUAUGUAUGUAUUUAUGAGUCCCGCACUAAUUGAGUGAAAUCUAAUUAAAUAUGUAUCCACGACCAUACUAAUUUAUGCCAAACUAAUUGUUGUAAGAUUACUUUGUAUACAUCAUGACCUCAACAAUUUAUAGUCAAUAAUUAAUAAUAUAAUAAUUAAGGUUGGUACAAUUAAGCGAAUACUUGCUCCAUUUAUUUGAAACGGAAUGAAUAAAUAAGUAAUAAAUCUUGUUAACGUUA